AUGCCCUCCCCUUCCGAAUCCCUCGACAUCGCCGAAUUGGCCAUUUACCUGCCCCUUCUAUCCCUUACGCUUUUCGUCGUCUUCCGCCAUGGUAUACAUCGCCAAUCAGGCUGGAUCUACCUCGCCAUAUUCUGCCUCAUUCGGAUCAUUGGCGCUGCUCUAGGCAUCGCAGCAGAGAAGAAGCCGAGCAAAGUCAGUGAUCUGGAGUGGAGCGCGAUAUUGGGCAGCGUUGGGAUAAGUCCGCUGCUAUUGGCAAGUUUGGGGUUGUUGAAGAGGAUAACCGAUGAGACCACAAAAAGGGUUCCAACGGAAGGUGCGAUCCAGGAACGGAGCCGAUUCGAGACUGUGGUAUCUUAUACCAUUCUAGGCAGGAUAUUCGGCAGACUCGGUGUCCAUCAGUUUGCGACAUCCUACCGCAGCCGCUUCCUCCAGCUUCUACAGAUCCCUGCCGCAAUCGCGCUCAUUAUCUGCAUUGUUGGUGGCUCCGACUUGACCGACAGCUCAAUUUCCGAACAGAGCACAGGAAAGAAACUGAUCAAAGCCGGCCUCAUCAUCUUCCUGAUCAUCUAUAUCUGCCUCUUCCUCCUCAUUGCCAAGAGCGCAAGCCAAAUCAACGGCCUUCCCUCUGGGGAGAAGCGAGUUCUAUCAGCAUUGAUAGUAGCGCUGCCACUCCUCGGUGUUCGCAUCCUCUUCAGUCUCCUCGCAUACUUCUCGACAAUUUCGACAUUCUCUCCAAUCAACGGAAAUGUUCUUGUACGAGCAUUCAUGGCAAUCUUCGAGGAGAUCCUGAUAGUCAUCGUGUAUACCUUGGCUGGCAUUUUGGUGCCUAAGUUUGGCAACGCGAAAAUGGACGACACCAAUUUCGAGAUUCAGCAUCUGGAAACGAGAGCGAGCACGCCAGCUCGGCACGCUCCACAGCAGGGUUCUCGGGUCGUGGUCUGA